CGAGCCUUCACCGAAAUGGCAUUCCACGGAUCGAGAGGUGACUUACGGGGUAGGGGAAACAGUGAGGGAAGCGGGAGGAGAUCCAGUAUGGGUGGCUCACGUGGUAGAGGACGAGGACGAGGACGAGGCGGCUUUCGAGGUGGGAGAGGAAAGCCGGUCUUUGACAGUACACGAAUAGCGCAGCAAAAAGAAGUGGAAGCAAAUGAAGAGUCUGAACCAGAAAGUCCAUCUGAGGCGGAGGAAGAACCGGAAAGCCAAGACGAAUCCAGUGGAGAUGAGGAGCCAUUACCAGCUGUGCGUUCCUAUGCUGCUCUUAUGCAAAGUUUUGCAACAGACUUGGGGCCGCAAGCAAAACGGAGGAAAUUGGAUCCAGAAGCAAGGCCCGAAUCAGCGAAAACUGAAGAAGAAGAGAACUCGAAGCCUGCUGCAGAAGAUUCUGAUGAGGUUGAAGAACCAGAAGAAGGUCCGGAGACUGAAACUGACGGCUUGCUUGAAGACGAAGAUGAUCUGGAGGACGCUUCGGAUCCCUUCGAAGCUCAUUUCGCGGAUCCAGAUGACAACAUUCUUUCCAAGAGACUCAAGUCCCUGGAGAAAAACCAGUGGGUUACUCAAAAAGCAGUAAUUCCGAAAUUUGGAAAGGUCGUAAUCGGCAUCCCUGAAAUAGACGACAAGAAUGACAGGACUAGGCCCAAGCCCUUGUCUGAACCGGCCGAAUUGAGGUUGAAGCAGAAGUUGGCAGGCGUCAUGUCUAAACAAAGACCAGAAUUUGACGAUCUGGAGAAACACAUUACACCUUCGAUAUUUGGCUACCAGGAUAUCUUUUACUGUGAGCGGCGGCCGACGAACUCAGAGAGCUUAAGACGUUUGGCAUGCCUCCACGCUGUCAAUCAUGUAUUCAAAACUCGAGAUCGUGUUAUCAAAAAUAACGCUCGCCUUGCAAAAGAGGAGAAUAACGGUGACCUCGAAUUACGAGAUCAAGGGUUCACCCGCCCAAAAGUUCUCAUGAUUCUUCCCACUCGCGAGUCUUGUGUUCGGAUGGUAAAGAUGAUCACAUUUUUGUGUGAACCAGAUCAGCAGGAGAAUCAAAAACGAUUCGACGACUCGUAUGUCGAAAAAGAAGAGAAGUUUUCCGAUGACAAGCCACAGGAUUUUCGAGAACUUUUUGGAGGCAAUGAUGAUGAUAUGUUCCGGCUUGGGCUAAAAUUUACUCGAAAAACCAUCAAAUACUUCUCGCAGUUCUACAACUCGGAUAUCAUUUUUGCCAGUCCAUUAGGCUUGAGAUUGGCAUUGGAAGGCAAGGACGACAAGAAAGGAGACUAUGACUUCUUGAGCUCGAUCGAGGUAGUCAUCGUUGAUCAAGCUGAUGCACUCCUCAUGCAGAAUUGGGAGCAUGUGGAGUAUAUUUUCGAGCACCUAAACUUGCAACCGAAGGAGGCCCAUGGCUGCGAUUUCAGUCGAGUGAGGAGUUGGUAUUUGGACAACAACGCCAAAUACUUCAGACAGACCAUAGCCCUGGCAGCAUUUAAUACACCUGAGUUGAACACACUCUUCUUCAAUAAAUCCAGGAAUUGGGCUGGCAAGUUCAAAAUCAGCAUCAAUUAUCCCGGCGCGAUUCAAGAGCUAGGAUUGAAAAUCAAGCAAACCUUCUCUCGUCUCGAAUCGCUCUCCUUUGCCUCAGACCCGGAUGCUCGAUUUACAUACUUCACCACCGCCGUUAUACCAUCCUUGACCAGAUCUGCCAAGGACAGCACUGGGACAGUCAUAUUCAUCCCGUCCUAUCUCGAUUUUGUUCGGGUGAGGAACUAUUUCUCAACAUCUCCAGCUACAACCAGCUUGUCGUUUGGCAGUAUCUCUGAAUACACUUCUGUCAGGGAUGUAACAAGAGCACGAUCUCAUUUCUUUAGUGGACGCCAUAGUGUCCUACUUUACACCGAACGCGCACACCACUUCCGCCGUUACCAGCUCAGGGGUGUCAGAAAAGUGAUCAUGUAUGGUUUACCCGACAAUCCGAUCUUUUACAAGGAAAUAGUGGGUGGCUACCUUGGUAGGAGUGUCCAAGAAGGUAAGCUGGAGCCUGGAGAAGGGAGUGCGAGAGUUAUAUUCUCCAAAUGGGAUAUAUUGAAACUGGAGAGGAUCGCUGGCACGGAGAGAGUCGGGAAAAUGAUCAAGGAGAAAGGCGAUACUUUCGAUUUCCUGUAAGAUAUCGAAAUAAUGAAGAUAUGUAAACGCCAUCCCAUGUAAUUCUGAUGUACAAUCGAAAGUCCUGGUAUCAAUACAUUUGUCGCCUAUCUUAUUUUCAGUCAUCUUCCUUGCUUGGUCUAGGAUCUCGUGGCUUUGGAAUAGUGAUGGCAUCAUUUCUUUCCUCGAUCUCGACUUCUUCCAUCCUCUUCACCAUCCUCUCGAGGUCCCGCUGUCCUUUUUCCCUGUAUCUUGUGACCUUCUCAAUGUUCCUUUCAGUCAUCUCGUUGAGCGGCCGUCCUUGCUUUCUCAAUGUGGCAACAGUCCUCGCUGUCAUCGCAAAUCGCAUAUCGUUAGGUCCAUCUACCAGCUCCAAAAUGGCUGAAGGCGCUUGAUCCGACUUCAGCGGCUCAAUCCGCAAUACACGCGUGUAACCGCCAGGUCUGUCCGCAUAUCGUUCUCGUAAUGGGCCAAAGAGUUU